GCUUAAAUUCGAUAGAGUGUUCAACAAAACUCCCAAACAAAUAAAAUUCCAACAGCAAAAUGCUGAUCAGAACAAAUUACCAACAAAUCACACACAAAAACUGAUUAAUAGUUCUCCAAAAGCAGAACCAAUACAAGCACAACAGUGAAAAAUUAGUGUAAAAAUUGCCAAACAAAAGCAAAAAGUGAAAAAAGUUUUAAAAAUUAAAGUGCAGUGAUGAAAAGAAAAAUUGGAAAAAGCAAAUACAAAAAAGUGAAAAAAGUAAUUGCUAGUGACUUUUAAUAAAUCUUAAACCAACGCCAACUCCGCUGUAAAACGGAAAUAACCGUUAUACCACGCAAAGAUGACAACACACCGGUGCACCGGACACUUCAGCACACACGCCCACGCCCGCACAUGUCGCACGCCAUCAAUAUUCCGCCAGUAAACACAAAUGUCCGGGCAACGCGUCCGGACCUUCGACCAAACGUGACACAUGGCUAUGUACUAUUAUGCUAGUAAAAUAUCGGCAAUCGCUUGUGGUACACGUUGCAGACAAACAGUGUUACAGAAGUCGCGCGGACAACGUGAUCGCGAUAAAUAUGUCACGCCGGACGAUGACAACAGCGCUGGCGGCUGCGUGGGCGCCACUGCCGCCACUAUGGAUGAGCAUGGCAAUGUUGUUGUUGUCGCUGAUGGAGCCGGCAACGCUGCCAACGCAGGUAUGACCAUAUACACGACGGCGGCGGAAAGCGCUUUCGCGACGACGACGCCCGGUGACGGUGUGCGUCAUCGCCGUAGGCACAGCGAACAAUUGGACGCAUACGAUUUGGAGUUGGGGUUUCAGAAGCUCGAGGUUUCAUUGGCAAAAUCAACAAAAAACACAUUCACCGGUUAUGGCGUCGGCAGCGCCAAUAUGGAUGCUGACAUUGUACAAUAUGACAUACCGAAAAACUCUUACAAACGAGCCAAUACGGACAUCAAUUACGAGAGCUCCGUUUUGGGAUCCGGUGGAAUUAUGUAUAUAAAUGGUAGAAUAGUUUCUGGACCCUUAGACUCACUGAUAGAAGUGCUAGUGCCAAAAAAUCGCAUAGAUUUCGAUAAGGAAUUUAUAUUCUCAUUUUUAUUAUCGUCACGUUUAUUUUUACGACCCCAUGAGCUGCUUGGCAAAUUAUUAUCCUCGGUACCUGAUAGCGAGUCGUUAGAAUCAUUAGUCGCAUUAUUGGCCGAGUGGACGCAAAAGUUCCCCUACGAUUAUCGCGACGAACGUAUGAUGGGCCAUGUUAAACAUAUCGUUGCCAGAUGUUCCAAUACAAAUCUAGAAGGUGUAGUUUCCGAAAUACUGAGUGCCUUGUUGAAACAAUUGACUGACUUGGAGAGACAUGAAGAAGAUCUACGCGCUUGUCAAAGUACAACUGAGAAGCCUGAACACAACAAAUUAGACUGCCCGACCGCUUCACAAUACGCACAAAUUCUCUGUCGGCUGGAGAAAAAGUUGGCAAAGCAAAUUGGCCCCGAGGAGUUUCUGCAAUGCAGCAGUAAUGUGCUGCUCGACAAACAGAAAAAGUGGGACCAACCGAGCACGUCCGGCGGUCCACCCGGUGUCCAGGAUCCGAAGAAAACGUGCAAUUUGGAAACCUACCUGGAUUGGUCGGCACGUCUGCGCCUCUUCGUAUGCAAUGAAAUAUUACAGUGUAUCGGCAUACGUGAUCGCAGUAAAACGGUGGAACUGUGGAGUGGCGUCGCGCAGUACUGUCUACUCGUGGGCAAUUACAAUAGUGCCACAGCAAUACUCGAGUCCCUGGAGUCGCCGCCCAUAGCGAGACUGAAAAUAACGUGGAGCAAAUUGCAAAUGACGUGUCAGCAAUUGGAUUGCAUGCAACGACAUGCUGAGGGACAUGGCGAUUUGUGGCACAAGCAAGCCAGCAUUCUGAACGAGAGUCAUCAAAAGACUGAUACAACUGCUGCUGCUGCGGUCUGUCGUGCAGCGAAUACAACAGCAGCAACAACAGCGCUAGCAGCUGCAACAACAGACUGCGCACUGGACAGCUUGGCAACGGGCGCCACAAUAAAUGGCACAACGGUAACAGCACAAAUGCUGGCAACACCUACAACACUCAACACGGAACUCGCCUGUGUGGUUGCCGACGCCGUUGAAGCAGCAGCUGGCACCUGUGUAGUUGGGCUGGGCCAGGCACUUGAGACCGCCGUAGGUGAUGGUGUCGCAAUGGGAGUUGCAACAGCCAACACUCUCUCUGCCACAAGCAGCUAUAUAGGUGAGCUAACAGCACCAGCAACAGCAACAACACUGGUAACUCCGGAAAUGACAGCAAACGCUACAUGCAAUGGCAAAGGCAAUAACAGCAGCAACAAUAGCAGCAAUGAUAGUACGACAAGCAGCAAUAGCAGUCGUGCGGUGGGGGCGUGCAGAAAAAUAAUUAAAUCGACAACAGCAACAACAGCAACAGCGGUAGAUGUAACGGUAACAACUGGUGCGACAGUGACGAAACCAAACGAUUGGGUUGUGAUUCCGGUAUUUGCGGAUAUUGUUAAAUUGGCAUUGGCCGGACGCGAGGAAUGCCUGCAGCGUUUGCCAAACGGUCACAUCAAUAUUAUGGCCUUCGAUCGCAUGGCGGCCAUUGUUGGCGCCUUCACCAAGCACAUGCAUGCCGUUAAGUCGCCAAACGAAGCACCACCUGGCGAGUAUAAGACCUUCUGCCAGCACAUGCAACGCUCAUCGAAAUUGAGCGAAACGGAACUAAUGAUGGCCUCUUUCGAUUGCGAGGAACCCAACAAUGCGGAGAAACUCAUGUAUGAUCUAAACUAGAACAAUUUGGAACGCACAAUAAUCUAUUUUAUAAUGAGAAUACAUUUUUCUUGAUUUAAGUAUGAUUUUUCAAUACAAAUAUAUGUAUAUAUAUGGAUGUUUCAGCCUCAAUCUUGUAGUGGCUGGACAAUGGAGGAGAAAGUGAAUGCAUGUUUUCCCCACACCUUCUUCCAUACAACUUUUGGCAACUUGUGUCCGUCAAGAUCUUUAUCCUUACAGCAUACCACUGCUGCAAGAGAAAGUUUGCUAAGGGAAACCAUCGCUUACAUUCUACUCUAGGCUUUAAAGACCUCGCAGUUGCACAGGAGCUGGUCAUCGACCAUCGUCUGCUAACCACACGCAAGGUGACAAAUGAGAUCCGACUCCAUCCCACUCCGAUGUGAGUGGGUUAUGGGUGGCACUUCUUGCUGCCUCAUCAGCUUUGAAGUUUCUAGCGAUUUCGCUAUGACCUGUCACCCAACUGAGCCUGAUGAUGAAGUAACAUAAUACUAUUUCUAGUGAAGACGGAAACUCCUUGACUAACAUUGAGCGCAUAGUUUGCGGGCUUCAUAUUAAUAUCGCUCCACUCUGUUGACGAAGGGUGUGUUCUUUCUAAAAGGAGCUGUACUACUGAAAAAAUACGAAAAUUCGGUAGCUUAAAGUUAAGCUUGAGUGAGAGCUCCUUAUAGAAGACUCCCCCUCUUUUUUUCUUAGCUUCGACCCAAACAUUUUGUAAUGUCAAACCAGAUAUUAUGUUAUUGAACGAUAUGUUCAAGAUAUUCUGUCGACAUCAGUGCCAGCUUACCGGAUUGGCUUCAUUUUACAGCAGUAAAAAUAUAAUUUUUCGAACUUUUUUGGUGGAAGUCCUACAUAACUAUAUACUCGUAUAUGAGUGUUGAUUGGACUGCUCAUUCAUUUAAAUCUGAGAGCGAACAAAACUAAAAAUUUAAAACUAAAUAGUAACGGACAAUUAGAGCAGUCGAGACAUUGUAUAUAGGCACAUAUGUAUAUGUAUAUGUAUAUAAAAUCCGCAUUUAUGUAUGCAAUAAAUUAAUUUGCAUUCACAAUAGAUAUUUUCAUCCUUAAAUCGUGAUGGCAACGCGCAAAUUCAAUUAAAUCUUUAUCAAAUUCAUUGGCAUUGUGUUCACUCAACUGUUUGUAAAUUUGUAUAAAUUCAUUGUGAAACUCAAUUAGCUGCGAGUAAAUAAUGUUUAAAGAUAAGAAGAUACAAUGCUUGUAAAUUAAUAUUAAUAAUGUAGUACAAUAACGGUAUUUAUGCGUUGUUGUUUUGUGUGUGAUAAAAACGUAUACAAACAUUUUGUCGCACAACAAACAUAGAUUUUAAGAUUUAAUAAAUACAACAAUGCAUAAUUGUGUGUAUGGGUAUGUGAGAGAGAGAGAGAGUGAAAAUUUAAUGCAUUUUUCCACACGAGCAGUUUUUGUUUAUACAAUAUUUAUGCAGUCGACUUUUAUUUACGAUACGCAUUACACUUGCAAGUAAAUAUUUUAUUCACUCAAUAAAUAAAUGAUUUAUAACGCUUGAUUUGUGUAGAGAUUUUUUAAUUGUCACUUAUUUACUCAAGCGUGCUUUAAUAUUCUAUAAUAUUUGUUGGCAUGCGCUAAUGUCUGCUGGUGUAACUGUAAAUAUGUAUGAAUUGUAUGCAUGCUUCUGCGUGACUUGGAUUAUAAGGGGAUAUUAUUGUAUAUAAUAAGAUAAAUAAGUUAAUUAUAUAAAUAAGUAAAUACAAGGAAAGUAAUUAUGCUACUGACACAUAACAAAUUUGUAGAUAAAAUCGAUAGAAAAAAAUUAGUAAUAUAGACAAAUUAUCGUAGAAAAUAUAAGUACAGCAGAUUAAAGCAUAUUUAAUGCAAUUUUGUAUAUUGAAACUAAUGCUGAAUUAAUAUUUAUUUAAACGCAAAUCAUUUGUGA